CUAUUCCCAGCCCAGAUAUUGCUUUUGAAUCACACAGAUAUGUCAAUUAUUAUUGUGCUAUGUGUUAGGUACCCAUUAUAUCAUUGACUGACAGUAUAUUAGUAUCUGUCAAUUUCUAUAAUACUUACAGUUAUAUUAGUUAAAUUUUAUGGCCCACAAUUCAGAAGGCCUUCUCCUAUUGUUCAACAGUUACAUAGGUCUCUAUUGUGUUUUAUUUUUAAUACAAAUAAUUGAAGAAUCUCACUAGUGAUCCUUCUAUUGAGUAAUCACCUUCAUUUCAUACUGUUGUAAAUAUACUGAAUGUUUUUUUUUUUGCUAUACAUGACUUUAGUCAUGGUUAAGUGUGAUAGAGUUUUAUUCAAAAUAAUACAUGCCAAAUUAAGUGGUUAAAAUUAAUGUUGAAAACACUUAAAAGCCAACAUGAGCACAUAUAUGUACAUGCAGACAUAUGUAAAUGCAAUUACAUUUGUGUGUUUGAAAAAGGAGAACUCAAAUGUUAUCAUUCCUGACAGCUAGAAGCCUUACAUCUUUUAUUACUCUCUAUUUUUUAUUCCACAUUGUACAGUUCUUCUUAUUCUCUAUUAUUAAUUCUCAUUUUUUAACUUGGAGAAAUUUAUAUGUAUUUUGAUCAUUUGCAUACUUACCCCACUCCACACAGUUACACCAUGUUUUCAAUUUCAAUUAUACAAAUUGACCCACCCAUGUUUUGCCUUUUAAAUUUCUUAACACAUAAAGCAUAGCUUGUGGUGCCCACAUGAUAUUGCACAUGAUAUUGGGUGUGUGACCAUCUACUAUGCCAUUGUCAACCUCCUAUGGGCCACAUUUUUUAAGGGAACUGACUCCAUCUUACCUAGUAGCUAUCAGUUGUCCAUAACAUCUUAGUUAGGGGUUACUAUUUUCUGUGGAGGCAUACAGUCUCCUCUUUUCAGCCUUUUACAAGUGGCUGAGAGCAUUGUAACCUGUAGUGUUUCUGCAACCAGGACAUUCAUCUGAAUGUAGUUUGGUCAUUAGAUCAUCUCACCAGUGCACUGUGGAUAUUAAACCUGCAAUUAACUGCAAUGUGCUUGGAAAAUGCUAAGACCUAUUUAUGGCAUAAUAAACUUUAGUUUUUACUACAAUGUCCCAGUUAAUUAUCUGCAAUUCAAACAAUAGCAGUUCACUGAGACCUAGCAAACUAUUUACUAGGAAGACACACAUUAGCAUUACUUAUGAAUGUAAGGUAAUAUUGUAUAUGCAGUACAUUGUUUGGCAUGCUAAGAAAAAGGAAGUCCAACUUGUUUAACAAGUGUGCUCUGGACAUGUUUUGCAUUGACCCAGGGCCAUGACAGAAUGGCCAACAGAGACAUGGUUGUAGGGAUUUUCUUCCUGUCCCAGACUGUACUGGGAAUGCUGGGGAACUCAGCUUUGCUUUGCUGUUUUAUCAUUGCUGACUUCUCUGGAAUCAGGGCAAAGCCCACUGAUCUGAUUGUCAAACACCUGGUCUGGGCCAACUUCAUUGUUCUCUGCAGAGGAAUCCCACAGACCAUUGCUGCUUUUAGUCAGACUUACUAUCUAGAUUAUGUUUCCUGUAAACUUGCCUUAUAUUUUCAUCGAGUUGGCAGAGGAGUAUCCCUUGUCUCCACAUCCCUUCUGAGUGUCUUUCAGGCCAUCACCAUCAGCCCCAGUAAUUCUCGGUGGGCACAGUUCAAGCCCAGAGCCCCCAGGAUUAUUGGUCCAUUCCUGGGCCUAUGCUGGGCACUACAGCUUUUGUUAUAUAUUUUUAUUUUUGUAUAUACAACCAAUAUAAGGGGUGGAAGAAAUGUUACUGGAAUACAAGAUUUUGGAUAUUGUACUGUUAUCAAUUCUGAGAAACUGAUCAGCAUUCUUAUUGUAAUCCUAAUAGCAUUCAAUGAUGUCAUGUUUUUGGCACUCAUGACGUUGGCCAGUGGCUACAUGGUAUUCAUCCUGCUCAAACAUAAGCAGAGGGUGCAACACAUCCACAGAUCCCUGUCUCCUAGGUCAUCCCCUGAAACCAGAGCCACCCAAAGCAUCCUCACCCUAGUGUGCUGCUUUGUGAUCUUUUAUGCAACCUCUGUUGUCUUUACAUCUUAUAUAUCUGCCCGUGAAGGAUCUAGGUGGCUGUCUAACACUGGUGCAGCCAUGGCUGCAUGCUUUCCAGCACUCUGCCCCUUUCUGCUCAUCAGACACUACGCUUCCUUUUUCAGGCUCUGCUGCACUAGUUCUUACCAGACAACACACUGUGCUUGUAUAGUCAGAGAACUCUAA